AGUGGGGGGGUAGAAGGUGGAAGUUUCGCCUAGGGCACAAAAUAUCCUUGCACCGGCCUUGGGGCAAUGAAAGAUAAACCUGGACUCUGUAGUGUGUCCUGCCACCUGAUCAACAUGGAACAUUGGUUCUCAGAGGAGAGCCCCUCACUUCUCAAGCCUGGAGGAUACAGUUGUAUUUUAGACCCUGAGGAGCGAGGAGACCUAAAAGGAUGAAUGCAGUGAUGAGACUCUUCAGGAUCCCAUGUAGUUAGCCUUCCCUGGCGUGGGUAUGCAAAGAGAUUGCUAUCUGUUCUUCUUCCCUACACAUACCUAAGCUCUGUGCUGCCUUUCCAUUUCAUCACCACCUCGUUGACUUUGCAGGGCUUUCACUGCGAGCUCCCUGCUCCUAACUACCUAAAAACCAUUAAGGUGCUGUACAAUAACCAAUCCUGAACACUGAAAUAAAGAGAGAAGCGACCCAAAUAUUCUGCCCACUUGAAGCAAAGAUGACAUAAGUGCUGUUUUCUGCUCCAGUUAGCAAAUCUAUGCAGUGAAUGACUGGUUUGUUCUGGCCCAGCGGGUCAAAGGCUCAUAACACAGCCUCACAAAUAAUAAACCUGGGGCAGGAGCGGGGCUUUCCCAGACUUGCUGCCAUGGGGUGAGAGCUGCUGGACCCACUUGCUAGAUAUAGUUGUAAAACAAACCAGCAGUGUAACUUUGGAGACAAAUUCUGAACAAACCCCAGGCUGCAGGUUGUUGGUGCUCUAAUUGUAGCAAGUGCUGAUGGUUAAAGCAGAAGGAGGGGAGAGGAUAUGUGAGUCACAUGCAGUCUGUGGUUGUCUCCCUUCUGAUUAGGGGUGAAGGCACAGGGACAGGCAGGCUGCUGGGGCUAGCGGAGAGCAGCAUACAUUAACACUGGCCGCAGCUGAUACUGUAGGUAGGAGAAUCUCACUGUUAGCUCCUUAAUGGCUUUGCAUAGCUGCACAUGUGGAUUUUCCCGAAGACUCCCUUGACCCUGCUGACUGGGGACCUGUCAGGCUGUGCCACGUUGGCUUAAAAGUGCCUUUAUAAAGAGGAGGAAGAAAAGGUUGAUCUGUUCUUUGGAUGGUGACACUCUUGCUUUGCCAUCUCUGUUGGGCUUGUUAUGGCGGGUUUGAAUGUUUCCAUUGCCUUCUUUCUCUCAGUUGUGGCUAUUUGUGAGGUGAUCAGGCAGGUUUCCAAGAGAGUUCUGCCUCUUGGAGUGUACCGUGGUCUUGUCAGAGAACUGGUCAGCUCAUUACAGUUGUGUGCUUGCUCCCUUGAGCUGAGGAUGCUGAUGGAGAUUGGUCCCUGGGGUGGUGGCUUUGGCCCAGAUGUGAUUCUGACCCUCCUCUUCAUUAUCUACUUGAUUCAUGGUGUGUCUUUUGAUGGAGCUUCUGCUAACCCCACUGUGUCUCUCCAAGAAUUCCUGGUCAUGGAUUCCUCCUUUGUGGCUACUGCUUUCAAACUUCUGGUCCAGUUUGUGGGAAUGGAGGCAGCUGGGAUUCUCACCACGCACUACUGGUCCUGGGAGCUGACUGACUUCCACCUCAUCCAGAAUCUAAUGGCCCUGGAUUGCAGUUCCUCUAUCCAUACCUCUUUGUACCAUGGCAUCUUUGUGGAAGGUGUCUGUUCUUUCUUUUUCCAUUUGGUGGCUCUCAAGUUUCAGCAUAGCCACCUGCUGUACAGAGCGCCUGUCCUGGCAGUGACUGUGACCACCCUGGCUUACACAGCUGGGCCUUUCACAGGGGCCUUUUUCAACCCCACCCUGGCCUCCAUGGUUACUUUUCACUGCUCUGGGAACAUCCUGCAAGAGUAUGUCCAGGUUUACUGGCUGGGACCCCUCACAGGGAUGCUCGCAGCCCUGGUCUUGUACCAGGGGAACAUCCCAAGGCUCUUCCAGAAAAACCUGCUUUACAGCCCGAAGAGCAAAUACCGGACUCCCAAGGGGAAGGCUGUGCCUGGGCUCAAACAGACAAGAGACAAUGGGGAAGGGCAGCCACAGUUGCGAACUAAGCCCCGGAGCUGAGUGAAGGGUGUGAGAGGGUCCCCCAGCCACUGCCCUUCUCUCCUUCCCAUCAGGCCCCUCCUAUGGCCAGACUGACAGGAGCUGGGACUGAAGAUGCCUGGCCAGCUCUGUGAUGUGUGAGCAAGCGUUCGCUGGGGGCACCAUGGGCUUUUCAUGUCACUGUGUAAGUGUACCAGCUGCUUUGGCCACAUGCAAGCAAUCCCUCAGUGCUGGCCCAUGGAGACCUGGCUGUGAAAGCCCCCAGAGAACGUCGCCAACUAGCGCAGACCUGACCAGCAGCAGAGUGGUGUGAUUGCAGGCUCCAAUACUGUGCCACAAGCACGACCUAAAGGGCACAUGCCUUCCACCCAGCACACACCCCUCCUUCCUGAUCUUCCCCAGCCCAUCUCCCCUGGGGGCGGGGCAGGAAAUCACCACCACUGUUCUGCUCCCUCAGUACAGCCAGGCAUCCACCCAUCUUGCUCCCCACGGGAAGGGCUGGCGCUGUUGCAAGGUCUCAGGGCUGUGCUCACAUGUGACUAUCCACUCUCUGGCUUGGCUCAAACCCUGUAAUGUCACUGCCAUUGAAUGCAAAUGUUACCUCCAGAUAGUAGAUGCCUAGUGGGGACUUGCUCCAUCUCUAGUGGUACAUUAAUUUCUUCCUCUGGAACAUCCAUACACUGUCCUUUUAAAAAUAGAAAGGCAAAGCAGUGACUGCUCAGUGAAACAGCCCAUUCCAAAGUGUCCUGCACCUCUUCACUGCUGGCCCCUCUGGCCAAGAGAGGCUUGAGUGUCAGAAAGUUUGAGACCCUACAUUUUUCCUGCUUCACUCCAGCCUUGAUGGUGAAUCUGGUCCCCAGGCUCAGCCCAGCCACGCAGGGUAAAAAUCUGUCUGGGGAUUGGUCCUGCUUUGAGCAGCAGAUUGGACUAUAUGACCUCCUGAGGUCCCUUCUAACCCUGAUAUUCUAUGAUAUAAGCUGAGUGGGGAAAGCCAGCUGUAAUUGCUGCCCCUAGAUAACAGGUUGUACUCUAAGGGGGAAAUUCACCCCAGAGGAGACUAUUCUGGUACGAUCUAAGCAGUGCUCAAAGGCCUCAGUCCUGCCAAUGCUGAGCACCCUGGCUUUGAUCCAGCCAAGCACUUAAGUAGAGCUAAGUGAAAAUCAGAAUUUGUUGUAUGAGAAAUUCUGAUAUUUCCACAUUUUCAUCCCCAAUUGGGACAAAGUCAAUAUCAAAAUUCAUCAUAGAAUGAAAAGUUCCCCAAAAUUUCAAUCUGAAAAUGUCAAAAUAAAAUGUUUCAACAUUAUUGAUUGAAAUAAAAUGUUUGUGACUGUCCUGAGUCAAAAUGCUUCAUUUGCAUCAGUUCAAUAUUAAACUAAGUUUGCCAAUGGUACUGUGGUGCCUCAUGGGAGUUGUAGUUCAGGUGCCUCUUGCUGCUAUUCACCAAGGCCAGGCUCCUGGGCCAGACUAUAUUUCCCAUGAUGCUCUACAGUCAUGUAACGUCCAUGUAGCCCAGUCAGGGAUGUGUGUGAUGUUUCACUCCAUAUUCUUUAUGAAAACAUGCUGAUAUGAAUGACAUAACUGAGAUGUACUUUAUGCAAGAUGAGUCUUGUAAGGUAUCAUUGGAAAGGUUAUGAUUUA